AUGUCUUCUAAAUUGAUAAAUAGUAAUAACAAUAGUAAUAUGAUUAAUAUUUAUAAUAAUAAUAAUCAUCAUGAUAAUCAAGAUAGUUUUGAAUUGAAUAGUAGUCAAAGAGAGAGAAUCGAAACACUUUUUCUUUAUCAAAAGUUUGAUAAUGUAAUAGUUGAAUGUUUAAAGAUACUAUUAGCAAAUCAAACAUCUUUAAAUAAUAAUAAUAAUAAUAAUAAUAAUAAUAAUAAUAAUAGUAAUAUAGAUAGUAAUAGUAAUGAUAAUAAUGAAUCAUCGGAAGAAGAGAAUAAGAAUGUAAAUCAAUUAUUAUCUGACAUUAGUUUAGUUAAACAUAAAUGUCAUGUCAAUGAUAGAUUUCAAUUUCAAAGCCAAUGCCGAUGCCAAUGGCCAAUGGAACUACUGAUCCAAUCACUCUAUGAAGUCGGUAAAUCGUCGGAUGCUCUAAAACUAGUCAAUAAAUACUAUGAGAAUGGUUUAUUAUAUUCACCUUUCAGUGUAUUAAUAUUAUGUAUUCAUUUACUAGUUUAUAUGAAGAGUUAUCAUGAAGCGAAGCAGUUAAUAUUGAAUUACUUGGAUAUUAGCAGCAGCAGCAGUAGUGGUAGUAGUGGUAGUAGUGGUAGUAGCAGUAGUGAAAGUGUAGAUAAAGAUCCUUCACAAAAACAAAUGGAACAUGACCAAUUGGUGGAACUGUUAAUCUUUCACAUCAUGUUUAGAAUACCAUCGAUAGACGAAGCUAGAUCGUUCCUAAAGAAUAACAGUCAUCUCUCUGAUUGGAAGAGAGAUGGAUUCAUCAAGUCACUCGAGGAAAUGAUACAAAUCAAAGAGAUAGAAGAGAAGAACAAUCGUGAUCAACUAUUAUUAAAACAGCAACAACAGCAACAGAAAGAUCAGCAACAACAACAACAUCAGCAACAACAACAACAACAAGAGAAUAAUAUUAGUAGUAAUAGUGAUGGUUAUGAUAUAACAUCCUCAACCAACCAAAUCAAUUAUAAUAAUAAUCAAACAAAUAGCAGCAGCAAUUCAAGUUUUAUAAAGAGGAUAAUAUUACUGUUGCGACAAUUCAGUGUAAAAAGAAUGGUUUUGACGCUGAAGAAAUAUAUCGUAUCGAUUGGUAAUAUUGUGAAAUCAAGUAGUUUCCUCGCAUGGAUAAAGUCACAUAUACCUCUGAUCGUUUGGAGCACCGUAAUAUUAUUGAGCAUACGACAUCUUUUAGCUCAAAGAAGAAUUGCUAAUAAUAAUAACAUAAAUAAUAUAUCAUCACAUCAACAUCAUCAACAACAACAACCAUUUUCAAAUCAUCAUCAUCAUCAUCAUAAUCAACAACAGCAAAGAAGGAUAACAUCAAAUAUAAAUGCAAAUAAUAAUAAUACAACAAUUUCAAAUCAAAGAAAAAGAUUAGGAUCAAAUAAUAAUAAUAAUAAUAAUUAUAACAACAAUAUUAAUAACAAUAAUAACAACAAUAAUGGUUUAUUGAAAUCAAUGAGCGAUUUGCUUAAUAACGCAUUCAGCUUUAGAUUUAGAUAA